GCUAUGACUUAUUAUUAGUUUUGUUUUUGCGUAGCAAAACAAAUGGGAAAAUUUUCAUUUGAGAUCUGUUGAAUAUAUAAACGGCAAUAACUAUUAAGAAAUAAAAUGUCCUCCGAGGACUUUAAGAAACCUAUGUAUCGCAAGGAAAUGGCGGAUGAUAACAAAUGCUACGAAAUGAUCCCCAAACAGCCGCAUUCACCGGUAGAUGAUGCGGAAGCUGAGCUAAAGGACAGUCUAAGCCUCAGUGGCUCUACGGAGCCCUCCGACCUGGAUGACAGCGAGGCAUAUCGAUCGCAUGUAACCAGUAGCACACCAGAGCAUGGCAACACUACCAACUUAGCAGACCCGGAUUCAUCUGCAACGUCCCAAACAUCCAUAGACGAGCAACCUAUUGAACCGCCAGUCACAGGCGAACAACAGGGUUUAAGGGAGGAGAGCAGCAGCUCUAGCAGCUCGAGCAGCAGCGAGCCGAGUGAUUCAAACACAUCACCUUCUGAGGGUAGCGAUACCACCACUGAAGACGAGCCCUCACCCACCACAGUAGUCGAUGUUAACGAUUUAAUUGGCAACGAGGACUUCAGCAACAGUGGCGCUACUGAAAAUGUGGGCACCGUUGCCGAAUCCGCUGUGGAGUCCGUCGAUACACCUGCCGGCACUGAAGCUGAGCAAGUUGCUCAAGUGCCAGAGGAAUCUGUGGUCGAAACACAAGCGCAAGUGGAAACCACAGCGGAAACGGCAAUGGUAGUUGAAGAACCCCCAGCAACAGAAGCUGAACCGGAACACGAUACGGAAAUGGAGACGGAAACGCCAACGGAAAUGCCCGAAACUCCGGCAUCACCCACUGACGAUGGCGAUGAGCCUAUCGAUCUGCUUCCACCCUAUAAGCGCGCACAUUACGGAUCCGAUCAUCCAAUCCGAUGCCAACAGCCACAGCCACAGCAACAGCAACAGCAUGCAGAAAUGGUUAUGCCCUCUAAACAGCAAAUUCAAGUGCAACAGAUGCGCUUGGCCCCUCGUGAUCCUCGCCAGAAGCCAGUAAUUCCGUUUAUUCUACAAGAUCAAUUUGAAAGCAUCUCCAGCAGCAGCGACGAGGCUAACAGCGAUGAUGAAGAGGAGGAUGAUGAAGAAGAUGAAGAGUCUGACGAUGAUAAUUCAGAAGAUUGUGAUUCUGAUUCCAAUGAUUCCGAUGUUAUGAUAAUAGAACAGGACACCGACACAACAUCUGGGGAGACGGUUACAGCAACAGAGACAACCGAUGCUGAUGCUGAUGCCGAUGCUGACGCCGAUGCUGAUGCUGAUGCUGAUGAAGAUGAUCCAUCAGCGUUGCACAAGAUCGAUAUAGCUGAUAACCCGGAGAAGAUUUACUAUAUACGCCGCGCCGAUGGCACCGUCCACGCCGGCCAAGUACUUCAGUCUCGCGUCACCGUCAACUGCAUCAGCCCCAACGAGUAUUAUGUGCACUAUGUGGGACUAAACCGACGCCUCGACGAAUGGGUGGGUCGUCAUCGCAUUUCUGACAAUGCUGAUGAUUUAGGUGGCAUUACGGUACCGAGCAGCCCGCCCGAGCCAUUGAACUGCGAUCAGCCGAGUACCAGCGCCAGUGCCAUUGCCCUUGCCAACGCUGCAAGCCAACAGAGCGCAAGUAACGUAAUGCGACCCAAGCGACAAGGCAACAAGGAUUACUAUCUAUCGGCAUGUGAGAACAAUCGCUACGAUUAUAGCGAUCGAAAAAUGACGCGUUAUCAAAAGCGACGCUACGACGAAAUUAACCAUGUCCAGAAGAGCCAUGCAGAGUUGACUGCCUCGCAGGCGGCGCUUGAGAAGGAGCACGAGUUCAUAACCAAGAUCAAAUAUAUUGAUAAGCUACAAUUUGGCAACUAUGAGAUAGACACCUGGUACUUUAGUCCUUUUCCGGAUGAGUACGGGAAGGCGCGUGUGCUGUACGUCUGCGAGUAUUGCCUGAAAUAUAUGCGGUUGGAGAAGAGCUACCGAUAUCACUUGUUUACGUGCCAGGUGCGCAGGCCACCAGGCAAAGAGAUCUACCGCAAGAGCACCAUCUCCAUAUUCGAGGUAAACGGCAAGGAGCAGCCGCUCUAUUGCCAGCUGCUCUGCUUGAUGGCCAAACUGUUUCUCGAUCACAAGGUACUCUACUUUGACAUGGAUCCGUUCUUUUUCUAUGUGCUCUGCGAAACGGACAAGAAGGGCAGCCACAUUGUUGGCUAUUUCUCCAAAGAGAAGAAAUCGAUGGACAACAAUAAUGUUGCCUGUAUUCUGGUGUUGCCACCGCAUCAGCGCAAGGGCUACGGCAAAUUGUUGAUUGCGUUCAGUUAUGAGCUGUCCCGCAAAGAGGGCGUCAUUGGCAGCCCGGAGAAGCCCCUUUCGGAUCUAGGCAGGCUCAGUUAUCGCAGCUACUGGGCCUACACGCUACUCGAACUGAUGAAGGGUCGUUGCUCGGCGGAACAGACGAGUAUAAAAGAGCUAAGCGAAGCAAGCGGCAUUACCCACGACGACAUCAUCUAUACCCUACAAUCCAUGAAGAUGAUCAAAUACUGGAAGGGACAAAAUGUGAUCUGUGUUACGGCCAAGACAAUCAACGAUCAUCUGCAGCUGCCGCAGUUCAAGCGCCCUAAACUUACUAUUGAUUUGAAUUAUCUCAACUGGAAGCCGCAUACGCAACCGUCACCGUUUGGUGACUCUUGGCGUAACCUUCGGCUUCAAUGAGAAUCGGACAGUUAAUUUUAAAUUUACAGACAUUUUUUUUUUAGCCUCAGCAAAAUAUCGAGUAAGAACAUUAAAACUAUUAUGAUACGAAAAUACUAUUGUAGACAAUUGAUCGUUUAAGAAUGU